AUGGCUCCCAAGAAGGCAGCGAGAAACUCUGGCGGGAGCGACGCGGAGGCGGCCAUCCUGCAGUGGUUCGAGUGCGAGGGGGAGCCGGCGACGGCGCAGUCCUUGACAGACGCACUGGGUAGCAAGUUUGGGAAGGCGCUGGUUCAGAGUGUCCUGGAGCAGUGCGUGGGCGAGCAGAGACUGCAGGCCAAGGACGUUAAGAAGGCUAGGUUCUACUUCCCCCCCGCGCCCGCGGCGGCGGAGAGCCACGGGGGCGACUGCCCCGUGGACCCCGCAAGGCUAGAGCUCAUGCAGCAGCUUCAGCGGCACACAAGGAGUCUGUCGGAGCUCUCCGCAGAGUUAAAUACACUUCUUCAGAGGCCUUCUGCCUCGGAACGUGCCUCGAACAUUGCCCGUCUCUCCGCCGAGCGCGCCACGCUCACGCAGAGUUUGGAGGCAGUUAAACUGGAAAGGAACAAAAGGCGUGACGCGGCGCAUGACGAAGACAUUUAUCUCCUAAUUCGGCGGUACAACAGAGCCAGAGAACUUUGGAGGGAGCGCAAGCGCAUGACAGAGCGUGUUAUUGAUGCGAUCUUGGGAGACAGCUGUGACCCCAAGGACCUCGCGGAUCACUUUGGCCUCGUUAGCGACAAGGAGGCAAACGUCUCCCUCACGGAGACGGCGAUUGCAUUGCCGCGGGUUGAGGGUCCCGCGGGUGUGUGA